AUGCCUCCUACCGAUGCCGUUGGCCAUUUGUUUGCUGUCUGGUCAUCCAAUAUCAGUGUGCUUGAAGCGGAAGACAGCGUUGAGCCUGGGAACUUUGGUAUCCUAUCCUUCAUGGCUGCCGCACAGGCGUUUGGAAUCGAAUUCUUGCCCCUCGCCUGGGACACCGCGCGCGACAUUGUGGGAGCCGGAGGGACUGCUCGUGUUCAUCAGGCUCUGAUGGAUAUCAGUACCAGCUUCGCAUUCAAGACCUACCACAGGCGUGGCGGUUAUGUGGCCGAGGAGCACUUGUUCAAGCAACUCAUUACCGAGAUCAUCAUAUUGAGCCAGGACUUCGUGCGGAAACACCCCAAUAUCUCUCAGCUGCAGGGGAUUUGCUGGGAUAUCAGUACACACGAUGAUAGGCCAUGGCCAGUUCUGGUAUUUGAAAAGUCCCAUUUUGGGGAUCUCUGGCGAUUUGCGAGUCAUGAAGGGCGUAGUCUGACGGCCGAGCAACGACUUGGACUCUGUCUCGACAUCGGACAUGCAAUCAUGGACAUGCAUUUUAACCAGAUUAUACAUGGCGACAUAAAGCCGGAAAAUAUUCUCGUGUUCAAGGAUCAGGCUGGACGUUACAGUGCCAAGGUUAUUGAUUUUGGCUAUUCCACCUGGUAUACCGAUAGCACGCAGCGGAUUGUAUUGCCCCGGUCGGAUCCUUGGAACGCACCGGAGAACAGCGGCCAUUCUCGUACGUGGACGGUCCAGGAGGCCAAGAAAUCAGACAUCUUCUCCCUUGGGCUCUUAUACCUGUGGCUCCUCCAUGGGCCUGAUUCGCAGGCAAACGCUCCCGAGCUGGGAAGUCGUGCAGAGGCAGAGGAGAGCAUACGGACGAUGAAGCGGCAAUUACCAGACUAUAUUGAUAAAUUGUUAGCAUCGGACGACCGCCUUUGUCCAUACCUUGUUGAUGCGAUUCAGAUGUUUCUCAAGUCUGCUUUAGAUGAAGAUUGCGAUAGCCGGGAUAUGGAUGGCUUGGAAGUGUUCCUGGGAAAAGUUGAUGCUGCAAGGUUCAAACCGAUUACUACUCCAACAUCUUCAAAGACUGUUGGAUAUGUCAUACAUCCUGAAAAGUUUGAGCUACAGCACUCCAUUAACCAUCUCUAUUCCACCGACUAUCGAGUUCGUUCAUACAUUGGCCAAUCUGUUAUGAAUGCAUCCUCGGCCACGCCUUCCAUCACCUUGCAGAAAGCUCUGUGCUACUAUAUCGGCUUUGGCGCGAGAAGGGACGUUCCCAGAGCGAAGGCCCUAGUUGAGAAAAUCAACCAAAGCAUAGAUACUAUACAGGAUAUGGUAUUGAGGUUCGAAAUGGUUGAUAAGACCUUUUUCGAUACUAUAGCCACGCAACUCCACCAGCGCGGUAUCUGGCAGCACUGGGGAUUAACGCACAAAUACCUGGAGCAGGGGAUGUUGGGUGAAGCAGAGAGGAAAAUCACAGGAGAGAUGGAGGAUCUCUCAAGUUCCUGCGGAGCUGAACAUCCUCUCGUCCAAUUCUUGCGGUCUGUACUAGCUGAUGUCUAUCGACUUAAGGGUCAAUGGAAUGAAACAGAACAGCUACUAAGACAGGUGAUGGAUAAUCACACCAAGACACUAGGACCUAAACACUCGACUACACUGGCUAGCAUGGCCAAUCUUGGAGUAAUACUAAUCAGCCAGGGACGAUGGGGCGAGGCAGAGGGGCUCGAUAGACAUGUAAUGGAGGUUCGCAAGGAGAAGCUGGGCUCUGAUCAUCUGGAGACGCUAAAUGGCAUUACCAACCUUGCAGCAACAUUGGUACCUCAGGGCCGAUGGGUGGAAGCAGAGAAGCUAGAGUUGCAAGCGAUGGAAGUCUUGAAGAUGAAAUUAGGUCUUGAGCACCCUUCCACACUAAUCAGCAUGUCCAACCUCGCAUCUAUUUAUAUUAACCAGGGGCGAUGGGAAGAGGCAGAGACGCUACUUAGACUGGUAAUCGAGACCAGAGAGAAGAAACUGGAAGCAGAGCACCCGGACGUAUUAAUCAGUAAGGGCAAUCUUGCUCUCACGUUCAAAAACCAGGGACGAUUUGAAGAGGCCGAGACGCUAGAGAGACAGGUGGCAACAACAAGUGUGGCGAGGCUUGGACCUGAUCAUCCAGAAACGCUGGCGGACAUGUCUAAUCUUGCAUCGACCCUCACAGAUCAGGGGCGGUGGGAGGAGGCUGAGAAGAUACUCCGGCAGGUAAUUGAUACGAGCAGGACAAGACUUGAAAAAGACCACCCUUCCACACUGAUUUGGAUGUCUAAUCUUGCAUCAGUGUUUCGGGAUAAGGGGCGAUGGGAGGAAGCAGAGGAGCUCGAGGUUUACGUUAUGGAGGCCAGCAAGGUGAAACUAGGACCCGACCACCCCGAAACUUUGACGAGCAUGUACAAAGUGGCAUCGAUAUUUCAAGAGCAAAGCCGGUUAGAGGAGGCAGAGACGCUACAGAUGCAAGUGAUGGAGGGUCGCAAGAUGAAAUUGGUACCUGGGCAUCCACACAUAUUAACCAGCAUGGGAGAUCUUGCGUCUAUAUAUAGCGAUCAGGGGCGGUUGGAUGACGCAGAGCAGCUUCAGACAGAGGUGGUAGAGGCUCAUGAAUCGAGAUAUGGACUCGACUACCCUGCUACACUGACUAGCAUGGGCAAUCUUGCGUCAAUCAUUGGGGCCCGAGGACGAUGGGAGGAAGCAGAGGCACUGUUUACACGAGUGGUCGACAUCAGCAAGACAAAGUUAGGACCUACGCAUCCUGACACAGUGACCUUUAUAGCCAAUCUUGCAUCAAACAUAUUCAGCCAGGGAAGAUGGGAGGAGGCGGAAGCGUUAUUUAUACGGGUCGUUGAGACUCGUAAGAUAACGCUAGGGCCUGGCCAUCCGCAUACGCUGAUAAGUGUGUGCAAUCUUUCCUCAAUAUAUAAGAACCAGCGGCGGUGGGAGGAGGCGGAAAAGCUGGACACAGAAGUGAUGAAGACUCGUCAGGCGAGACUAGGGCGUGACCAUCCAGACACACUAUCAAGUCUCGCCGACGUCGCGUCGCUAGCGGAGUACCAAGGGCGACUGGAUGAUGCGGAGAGGCUAUACGCAGAAGUGAUUGAGGCUCGAAAGCUAAAGUUGGGGCAUGAGCAUCCCUCUACGUUAACGAGUAUGUCCGCUCUCGCUGAAAUAUUUAGGAACCAAGAGCGGCUAGAUGAGGCAGAGGCGCUGGGGGUGCAAGUUCUGAAAGCUCAACAGGUGAAACUAGGACCUGUGCACACGGAGACCUUGAUCAGUAUGGUUAGGCUCGCAUUGGUAUUUGGGGAUCAGGGUCGGUGGGAGGAGGCAGAGAAGCUAGAGCUGCAAGUCUUGGAGAUUCGCAAGGACACAUUAGGUCCUGAUCAUCCUUCUACGCGGAUGAGCAUGUAUAACCUAGCUGUUGCUUGGUACGCUAUGGGACGAGUGUCAGAAGGUAAAGAGAUGAUGAAAACGAUGAUUGAUGUGAUUAAAGUCAGACGAGGGUCAGAUGAUCCCGCGGUGCAGGCAGCAAUCGCCGACCUGGAUAGCUGGGAAAGUCCAGAGGCAGAAUUAUAG